CAAUGUUUGUAUACUCGUUGCCGUAGUGUGAUGUUUUCGGGAGCAUUAACGAGUCUACGAUAAGCUCGUAUUGAACCACGUAUUUCAUCAUUCCUGUGUUAAAUGACAACCAUGCUAAAGUAGCAAGAUGUCUGUACACUACAAGUUCAAGUCUACUUUAGACUAUGACACCGUAUCAUUUGACGGCCUGCACAUCUCUGUGGCAGACUUGAAAAAGGCAAUCUUUCAUCAGAAGCGUAUUGGCAAAAAUACAGAUUUUGACCUGCAGAUAACCAAUGCCCAAACUAAAGAAGAUUAUACCGAUGAUAAUGCUUUGAUAGCAAAGAACACAAGCUUAAUCAUAGCUAGGGUCCCAUUGACCAUCCAACAAAAACGUUCUUGGGAUCGGAACGAAGGACCAGCCGUUGGCAAUUCGAAGGAUGAAUCAAAUUUAGGCAGGUCAGUAGACCUAACGCGGCUCGAUGGCUCGGAAGAAGAUAAGAUUCGUGCAAUGAUGACUCAAUCGACUCAAGAUUACGAUCCGUCGAAUUACAUGAAAAUUCGAGGAGCUAAUCAAACCGGUGAUGUUCCUCCGAAUUACCGCUGCUACAAGUGUCACCAGCCUGGUCAUUGGAUUAAAAACUGUCCGUUGGGCUCUAAUCAAGAACCAAUUGAGAUUAAAAAGAGCACUGGGAUUCCCAGAAGCUUUAUGGUUCCUGUAGAGGGUCCGUUGGUACCAGGUGCUAUGAUGACACCAACGGGACAGUACGCCGUUCCAGCUAUUGACCACCAAGCCUAUAAAGAAGGAAAGAAAGAACGGCCGCCUUUUUCCCAAGAACCAGAACCUGUCGUAGAAAAAUUAGAAAUUCCAGAAGACCUGGUAUGCACAAUAUGCAAAGAUUUGUUAACAGACGCGGUGAUGAUACCAUGUUGCGGGAAUUCUUUCUGCGACGAAUGUAUUCGAACUUUUCUGCUUGAAUCAGAGGAGCAUGAGUGUCCCGAUUGCAACGAGAAGGAUGUAUCUCCUGAAACACUGAUACCGAACAGAUUUCUCAGAAAUGCAGUCUCAAAUUUCAAAAAUGAAACCGGUUAUGCCAAAAGACAGUCGUAUCGAUCAGCUAUGCAAAGAGCACAAGCUGUUAUACUGGCGGAUCAAUCGAAAACUGAGAGUCAACAGGCCGCUACUUUAACACCUCCUCAAGUUCUGCCAUUACAGGCGCAGGAAGUUAGCCAACCGAUGGCAGUUGAACCUGUUCCUCAACAGCCUCAAUUAGAUGCGAUUCCUCAAGAAUUUGACCUUCAUCGUCCGCCACCAGUGAUGUCCAUUCUUCCCGAGUCUACCUCAGAAUCAGACUUGCAGAGUGAUUCUGUAACAAAAUUGACAACGGAUGAAGAGACGGAAGUACCGCCGCCUCCAGGCACUGAACCUCUCCUACCAAUACCUGCGAUAGGAAGUUCACCAGAGAGGGAGAAAGAACGAAGGGAACCGUCGGUUAUCGACAGAGACGAUCACCGCGAGGAUUACAGAGGAGAAAGGCAUUCCAGAGAGCAAAAAAGAAGCUUCAGCAGGGACAGUCAUAGCGACAGGAGUAACGAAAGAGGUCGCAGGAUAGAAAAUCUACGAACAGUCACCGAACAGAGAAUAGUGAACCGGAGGAGAUCCUUAUCUCCUAGACGCUCACAUCGCGGUGACUAUCCCCCUCAGUCCGGACCUCCUCCACACGUCCCAAAUCAUUCUUUACCAUCCAAAUCAUACCAGAGACCACCUCCUGGUGAAAGCCAUUAUCCACCGCCAAUGCAGUAUGAUCCAGGCAUUCGACGAUCCACUGAAGACCGACCUGGCACUCCAACGGUCGACGAACCUCACCUACAUCCCCCACCAACCAACACACAACCUCCGCUUCUGCCGUUUCCACCAGGUGAAGAUCGCGUUCCUGCUCCGAACUAUAAUCAACCGCCGCCGAACAUGGCUCCACACAAUCCACCACUGUUGCCAGAUCCUUACAUGGGUCACAGAAUGCCGAUGUAUCCGCAUCAACAGGAACCGCAUUAUGGGCCACCAAGAUAUGAAAGACCUCCUUAUCAGGCCCCUGGUUUCAGGCCUCAGCAGCCACCAAGGGGUUUCACAGGACCAACAAGACCUCUGCGUGGAAUGCAUCAUGUUGGAUAUAGAGGAACCCAGCCACCGCCACCAGGAAUGGGAAGAAACAUUCACAAUGGAAAUCAACCUGGUGUGAUUGAUGAUCCGCUUGAAGCUUUCGAAAGAAUGCUUCGUGAAAAAGAUGAGAGAGACAGAAGAUUGGGUAAGCACAGAAGGCGAUCGAGAAGUCGUUCUAGAACUCGUUCGUAUUCGCGAUCGAGGUCCAGAUCUUUUGGCAGACGAUCACCCUUGCUGUCUAGAAUUAGCAGAUCUCGAAGUCCUCCGCCUAAAAGACGUUCGUCCAGAUCUCCUCUGCCGUUAAGAGCGAGAAGCCGUACUCCAAAACGACGAUCCAGAAGCCGAAGCUUCACCAUCAGCAGAUCCAGAUCGUAUUCGCGAAGCGUAUCUCCGCGUGGUUCGUUACCGCGAGAUAGAGACAGAGACAGAGAUCGAGAUCGGGAAAGGGAGAGGGAGAGGGAGAGGGAGAGAGAACGGGAAAGGGAGAGAGAAAGGGAAAGAGAAAGGGAGCGGGAGAGAGACAGAGAAAGGGAUCGUGAUCGUGAUCCGCCACCGAGAUAUAGAUCCCCAAUUAGAUCGCCACCGAGAUUUCAAAGAGACCGAGACAGAGAUCCACGUCCUAGAUCUCGGGAACCACGCGAUAGUUAUAACAACUACUACAAUGAUUCGCCAGCAAAUGAUUAUCAGUUCCGGGACAGGGACCGAGAUCCACUGCCAAGGGAAAGACCUCCACCCAGAUAUCCAGCCAGGAACCCACCCCCUCAACAUAAUAUACCCCCACUGCUGCCGCAUCUUGGACCCGGAAGUCAUCCACCCCCGCUCAUGUCGCUGGGCCCUUCGCCACUGGACAGGAAAGACUAUUAUGAUUCCUACAACAGGUACGCAGGCCCUCCACCGCAACGCUUUGCUAGUCCUAAUCGUGAACCGCCGCCAAAGAGAUUCGACGAUGUCGCACCGCCAGGAACCGAGGGUUAUUAUGACCUGCCACCACCCGGUGUUGAUCACCUCGAGAGACCAGUGAAAGAAGAUCGUGAUAGAUUGCGCAUAUCACGGGAGCGCGAAGAACGUGAGCGUGACCAUGCGUCCAAAGAUCUAGACUUGGAGGACAGGGACAGAUUGCCGAUUAGAGAUGACAGAAUUCGAGAGCGUGACGAUCGCAUAAGAGAUAGAGAGGACAGAGAUAGAAGAGGGUUAGAAAGGGAAAGAGAAGAGAGAGAAAAGAUUGUCCCGCCACCUCCGAGAGAUCGAGAGGAGAGAGGAAUAAGAGAGAAGGAUGAACGAGACAGAAGAGAAAGAGAACGGGAGAGGGAGCGUGAGGAGAGACACCCACAAAGAGAUCGCAGGGAGGAAGAAAGAGUAGUUGAGAAACGAGAUUACGAUAAAGACCGAUAUCGAGAAGAUAGAGAUCGUUACAGAGGAGAUGAUAAAAAUCGAGGACGAGAUCGAGACAAACGUGAUCGUGAUUACGAUCCAGAUCGUGAACGUCACGAACGUUACGAGAGGCAUUCGGUUGACAGAAAACGAACACGCAAGAGCCAGAGUCCAAUUAGACCAAAGUCGAGGAACGAGGCUAAGGAUCAAACGCCAGAAAAGGUAAAGAGGAAAGAAAAAGACCACGACGAUAAAGUGGAUGAGAAGAAGAAAGAAAAGAAGAUAAAGGACAAGAAGAAGAAAAAGGACACUGAUGAUAAAGAGAAGAAGAAGAAGAAGAAAAAAGAGAGAGAGAAAGAUAAAGAGAAAAAAGCAGCAUUGAAAGAAGCGGCUAAAGAUGAAACUCUGUUGAAAGUCAAUGAAACUGAGGUCCCGCCUAUCGAAGAACCAAUCCAUGUGGCGGAAGAGAUUAAACCUGAGCCAUUAGAAGUGGAAAAAAUUGUGCCAGAAAAGAUUUGCGAAGAAGCUCCUAUACCUAUAGUGACCGAAGAAUUUGAAAAGAAAUCUUUGGCCAUAAAUCCUGAGCCACCAGAAUUGAAGGAAAGUACACCCGAAUGCUCAGAGGAGCCAGAAUUCGGCGCGAAUCCUCCAAAUCCAAAUUUCAAACCCAUUCCCGAAUUGAAAGCUGAAACUGAACCAGUGGAUUCGUUGUAUGGCGGACUGGACGAUACAGAAAUAAAAACAUUGAUUACAGAAGAUUAUUCUCUAGCGCUUGAGCAACAGGUUAAAGAAGAACAGGAGGAACGAGUUGACAAUGUCGAGAAAUCGCCUAAAAAAGACGAAUUCCUUGCACCUGUUCCUGAGUUAUCUAAAUGGGAAAGAGAUGAGACAGCUGAAAAAUCAGACAGCGUCCCUGAAUCGCCACAAGAAAAGGUAAAUACCGAUGAACCCAAAUCGACCAAGGUUGUAACAUCAGAGGUACUGAAGCGUGCUGAGAAUGCGAUAUUCCAAAAAGCUAUCAAUGCUAUUAGACCUAUAGAGAUCAAGAAAAUAAGCGAAAGUCGUAAAAUAUUGUAUCAGAAUCCUGAGCCAAAGAUUUUGGACCCUGAGCCACCACGAAAAAGUGUAAACGUUACUAUAAAUGUUGGAAGGAAUGAAAGAAAUGUUGAAAUCGCUGAGCCGUUGAAAAAAGCAAAGUUGGAUCGGUCCAAGUUCAAACCCGUUCCUGAAUCUCAUUCGCCAACAAGGUUAUCGGCGAAGGAGAGACUCGGCGAUAAAAUUGAAGAUGAUAAAGAAAGAAAAGUCAUUCCUGUCAAAGGAUUCCUAGAUCGACACGAAUCUAAGACCGAAAGUACAUCCAGAAGCAGAUCACCUAGAUCAGGCAGAGAAAGGAGGAUUUCUCCAUUGAUGGAAAGGCGCAUCGAGCCACCACUGACCGUCUCAAACCCAGAGCGUAAAGUCUUUUUGGAUGAGAGAAAGAGGGAUAGAGAUAGAACCGACCGUCCAAGGGAUAGAAAUGAAUCUAGAAGUGAACGUCACGAAUCGAGGUCAGAUAGAAAUGAAUCGAGAGGGGAUCGAGAAUCUAGAACAGACCGCGGGGACAUUAGAAUGAACAGAAAUGAGACUAGAAGUGAGGCUAGAAACGAAUCUAGAAAUGAGAGAAAUGAACGCGAGAGAGAGCGAGAUAGGAAAACUCGCACCCCUCCGAUAGCUUACAAACGAGAUGAUCCAAUGAAGAUGAGUUUUGCAAAGCGCAAAGAGGACGAAGAAGAUAAAAAGAAGGAUAAGAAAAUCAAGGAAGACAGAAAACGUAAAAAAGAACAUAGAAGUAGAAGCAAAUCCAAGGAUCGCAAGAAACGCAAGGAAAAGAAACACAAAAAAGAUAAAGAAAAGUCUUUGGAGAAGAAAUCGAAGCACAAAGAUGAGUCAAUCAUUAAAGAAAAGUCACAAGCAAUUGCAGUAAAACCGGUGUUCGAAAAUUCAACUUUAUUGCCCACGGAAGUAAAGAAGCAGAGAAAAAAUCCAAGACUCGUCUCAGAUCGGAAGCGCAGUGUUUUAGAUGAGGCCAGUUUUGAACCUGACUAUUCGGCUACAGAUUCUGAAUCUGAUGGUGAGGAGACCAAGUCAACUCAUGUUACCGUGAAAAAAAUUAAACCAGACGUUACUGAGCCGCAAAAGGAGUCAGAAAUUAAACUAGUGAAAAAACGUGUUCGUUCAACGAGUACUGAAGACGAUACAAGUACAACUGAAACUUCAUCAUCGGAUUCUGACAGUUCAGAUGACUCCCCUAAAAGGAAGAAGAGGAAGCGUAAGAAGCAUAAAAAACGUAAGUCGGCUAAAAAAGAAAGCACAACCGAGUCUGAUACAAACUCAGAUUCGUCAGAUUCCAGUUCGGAGGAAGAUAAACACAGGAAAAAAUCAAAGAAAUCGAAAAGUAAAAACAAACCUUCUAAGAAGAAGAAGAAAUCAAAACACAAAUGACGGCGCUAAACGUGCAAAGAGAACAUUUUGGGUAAGCUUAACACGGAUAUUGCAAACAUGAAACACUGUCAUAAUACAAAUUAAUGCUAUGGCAAAAACUUUUUAAUUGACUUAUUAUAUUUAUUUUAUAUUAUACUGUUUUGAGGAUAUCAAAACUGUCAAUGUCUAAUCAUAUUUAUCUUUACGCCACAGUGUUUGACGAUAGUUGAAUUAAGGUUUACAAAAGAAUAACUGCUAGUUAAAAGAAAUUUCGACUCGAUCAAUAUGCUGUCAUUCAAAUUAUAAUAGUAAUAUUAUUUUAAGUCUUGUCAUACAUUUCUUGCAAGUGUGCCAGAAUAUUACUUAGCACUUCAUUGUUCAUUGCUGUGUCCACGUGUAAAAUGCAAUGUUUGUAAUUACGUGUUACAAAAUUUUCAUUUUUGUUUCCGCGGCUAUUUUACAGUAAUACCAGAACAUUCAUUAUUAUUUGAAAUGAUGUACAGUGUAGCAAUCCUAGCUCAUAAUAAUCGAUAGUAUCUUGAAAAAUAAGAUUUCAGCAACUGCAGGAAUAAGAAUAGCAUUAUAUUAUACUUUCGUAAUAUGUACUUUCAAUAUGUAGUUGUAAACUAA